AUGAGCCUUGCUAUCACCAAAGGCAACGGGGAGACAAAGGCCAAUUUGGCUGAAAUAAUUACUCACUACGUGGGGACACUCAAUCAAAACAAAUUGCAUUUUCUGGGUUAUCCGACUAAUCUGGACUUCGACUAUGAUGCACUGAAACCCUUGUUGCAUUUUCACCUAAAUAAUGCUGGUGAUCCAUUUAUACGGAGCAGUUUUAGUCUAAAUUCAACAGAAUUUGAAGUUUGCGUGCUUGAUUGGUUUGCCAACCUAUGGAAGAUAAAUAGGGAUGAGUAUUGGGGAUAUGUCACAACUGGUGGAACUGAAGGAAAUCUUCAUGGGAUUUUAUUGGGGAGGGAAAAAUUUUCUGAUGGGAUUCUAUAUACGUCACAGGACUCCCAUUAUUCAAUAUUCAAAAUAGCAAGGAUGUAUAAAAUGCAAUGCGUGAAAGUUGGCACGUUGGUCUCUGGGGAGAUUGAUUACACUGAUUUGAAGUCUCAACUUGCUCACAAGGACAAGCCAGCCAUCAUCAAUCUAAAUAUAGGAACAACUAUGAAAGGAGCUAUUGAUGACAUUGAUCAUGUACUACAAACACUUGAUGAAAGUGGCUUCCAUCGUGAUCGAUUCUAUAUUCAUUGUGAUGGAGCCUUAUUCGGAAUAAUGCUACCAUUUAUUAAAGGAGCUCCAAAGAUUACCUUCAAGAAGCCCAUUGGAAGUAUAACCAUUUCUGGCCAUAAGUUCUUGGGCUGCCCAAUUCCUUGUGGUGUUAUGAUAACACGUUUAGAACACAUCAAUGCCUUAUCAAGACAUGUUGAAUACAUUGCUUCAAGGGAUGCCACAAUCACAGGUAGUCGUAGUGGGCAUGCUUCAAUCUUCCUUUGGUAUGCUCUCCAAGAAAGAGGUUUAAUAGGACUCAAAAAACAAGUAGAGGAGUGUCUCCUGAAUGCACGCUACUUCUAUGAUCAACUGCGUAAACGUGGCAUUGGUGCAAUGCUGAAUGAAUUUAGUAAUACAGUUGUCUUUGAAAGGCCUCUGGAUGAAGAAUUUACACGCAAGUGGAAUUUGGCUUGUAAGGGUAAUAUUGCACAUGUGGUUGUGAUGCAGCAUGUUACCGUCGAAACCAUAGACUCCUUUGUUGUUGAAUUUACUAGAAAGCAACUCAUUUGUUUAGGAGAAACGUUCAGAAAGCCUCCAUGCAUUGCAAAGGACAUUGGUGCUAAAAAUUGUGCUUGUGCAUUGCAUAGUUCAUACCCAUGGGGAGAAAUGAUUUGA